AUGGCGAUGGAGGAGGAGAGGGCACCGGAGAAGGGCCGACGAGGUGGGGAACACGGAAACGGCCGUGAGGACUUCAUCGGCGCCCUCCCGGACGACGUCCUCCUGUACCUGCUGUCCUUCCUGCCCUCGCGCAAUGCCGUGCGAACGUGCGUGCUCGCAAGGCGCUGGCGCACGCUCUGGAGGUCCGUGCCCGCCCUGCGCAUCAAGGACGACCGGCAAGGCUAUCGCGACAAGGAGGACCCCUCCGAAUCGGAUGAUGACACUGUGCAUGAACCGGACUACGAUGGCAGGUUCAUCGACCAGCUGCUGCGCCGCCGUGACCCAACGCCUCUGAAUGUAUGUGACAUCUUUUCAAGCUAUGCGAAUUUUAUUAUGUGCGAUGACAGCGAGGCGGAGGCAUUCCAACGCAUUGAGCCGUGGAUCCGGUAUGCUUUGUCGCAUGAAGUUCAGGUGCUGCGAGUUGAUGCCAGUUCGUUGACAGCCAACCUGGCUCUCGUCUCUUCCCACCUGAAGAAGGUAGAGCUUAGGUUUGUCCGGUUUGAAGGCUCUCUGGAUUUUUCGAGCUGCCCGGUGGUAGAUGUGUUAGAGAUGUCAAGUUGUAACAUCUCUGGAAAUAUCUUGUCGGGAUCAUUACGACAUAUUGACAUCGAAGACGGGUGCUUUGGCUGGUAUGUCCGCUCUCGUAUUUCUGCCCCAAAUCUCAUUAGAUUGAUACUAGAUCAAGAUGGUGGUUUCCCUCCAUUGCUGGAUAGCAUGCCAUCGCUGGUAACAGCAUCUGUUGCUGAGCCUAUUGAAUAUGAGAAGAAUGGUGAAGAAUGCUUUUCUGUGGUUCUUGAGCGCUUGUCCACCGCUACGCAUUUAGAGCUAAUAACGCCUUAUUAUCAGAAUUCUGUGUUCAGAAUGGAUUUGAAAUGGUGCCCUAUGUUUAGCAAGCUAAAAACAUUGUUGCUCACUGAUUGGUGUCUGGCUGAUAACUUCAUUGGACUGGUUUAUUUUCUCCGGCACUCACCAAUUCUAGAGACGCUUAUGCUUCAGCUUGAUAUGAAAAAAUAUGAGAUAUAUAAGAUGUUCAGAGAUGAGCGCAACAAGUCAAGGGAACAAGGCUAUAACUCAAGGGAACAUGGCUGUAACUCAAGGGAUCAGUCAGUACUAUCGAAGCAUCUAAAGGUAGUCAAAAUUAUAUGUGGAAAGAAGCAAGAUGUAGAAGUUCAGCGUAUUUUAAAGAUCCUCUGCAACCAUGGAGUACCUUCCGAAAAAAUUGCCGUCCAAUAGAAACUUUGUUUGCCCGCUUCUAUUUCGAGCUAAAGGUGUUCAGUUGAGCUAGUCUACUUCGUCCCUAGAUGUAGCACCAUCAAGUGCCUGCGUUUUGUCUACUAGUGCCUGCCUUCUCAUAUGAAUUCUUAUCUAUUUUGCUGCCUAUCUUGUUGCUUGGAUGCAGUCGGAGUGUGUUGAAGUGUCACCCGUGGUCCUAGUGCACUUUUGCUCAUUUCCUGAACUUGGUGUCAGGCCUUAACUUGUUUACACACUUUUCACCUGUCAAGAUGUUCAGUGAUCUCGAUCUCUAGCGUUGUUUCAA